UUAGGCUCUGCAGUCUGCACUCCUCACCGCCGUCGCCGAGAUCGCCGCCGCUCACGAAGCCGCCUGCGCCACAGUCGAACUGUUGCCUAUACUCCGUCUUAGAGUUAUUGGUAUCUAGAGAUGGAACACGGGUCCUUCAGUGAUCAUAGUAAAUCGACUUUUUCUUUAUCUGAUGAGGAUCAUACGCUUGCCAAUUCUGUCAGAUUCACCUUGAAUCAAGAUCCAAGGGUAGCGUUCUGUGGGUACAGCAUCCCUCAUCCUUCAGAUGCUCGCGUUAAUAUUAGAGUCCAGACAACUGGUGAUUCAGCCAGAGAAGUGUUGAAAGAUGCUUGCCAGGAUCUGAUGUUGAUGUGCCAGCAUGUGAGGAGCACCUUUGAUAAGGCUGUUGUUGAUUAUAAACUGAGCAAGCCUGUCAAGGACAUGAGCAUAGAAAAAUAGAGAAUAGAGAAGUGUAUUUUUCUUAUUAUAAAACAGCAUAUGAUGAACAUGCAGAAAGCUCCUGAGUAUUUCUCUCAAUAUAAUCCGUACUUCUUUUGUCUUAUUUAUGGUGAUAAAGUUGUCUUAACCGCUUC